AUGGUCUCAUAUUUGAUUUUAGAAUAAUUUGGUAGAGGAGUUCAAGCUCAGCUUAAUGACUGAAAGGUGUACAUGUCCCGAGGCUGCAAGACAAGCCCAAAUUAUCAGCCCUCCACCACUGUGCUUCACAAUAGAUAUGAAGUUUUGUGCUGAUAUGCUGUGUUCAGUUUUCUGCUGCAGUGGAUUAUGGACAAACAUCACCAGACAUUGUUCCACAGGUUUCCAGACAGAAAAGAGGUUUUCUGCUGACAGCCUUUCUAAACACUUUUGUUCAGCCUUUCUUCAAAAUUUGCCUUCAUGAAGUUUAACAUUUACUUUCCUAACUGAGCCCUGUGGAGUCUGAGACGUAAAUCUUGAGUUUCCUGAGGCUUCCCCGAGCAUUGUACCGAAUUUGCUGAGAAGACUGUGGCAUUGUGUUAACACAAGCCUGCCAAAGCCCUGCUUUUACAGAGGCGCUGGCACUGCUGAUGAUCAGUUAAUCAAAUCCAUUUGAUUAGCAGCACCUGGCUGCUGCCCUAACCUCGUAAUUCCUAUGAAAACAGUCAGUGUGUACAGAGUUUUGUAAAUAGUUUCUUCUUUCUUCUUUUUUUUCUGCCCGUCCAAUAUUUACUACUGCACCUGUAAAACAUCUAUUAUUUUGUUUAGUCUAUAUAAUAUGGAAUGCACACACAGAAACGUGAGGAAUUUAUUUUGUAUUUUCAUGAACUUUCUUUAAAACUUUUUUAAAGUCAGACUUUACCAUCAGAAAACUCAGUUUUCUAAUGAAGUUCAUGAAAUAUGAUGGAGAGUUUAAAAGCAGCUGCUAAAUGUACGCUUUCCUAAAGAUUGUCUUGUCAACAGCACAGUGUGGUUCGCUUCUCUCAGCAGUUUAAAUUAUCCUUAACAUACUGACUCAGACCUUCACUCCAGAAAUUCAACUCUCAGUAUAGCUUAUAUAAUCUUUGUGUUCUUCAUAAUGACAGGAGCAACCUAUGCAAUCAAAGACGGGACUUUAAUAGUUUGUUGACGACGACAUCAGGCAAAAUAGGAAGUCAUUCAUUUAUUCUCGUCAGAUGAUUUAAAAUAAAGAGACACAGCAACACCAUCUGCAAUAGCUCAAACUGUGGUUUGAGCUCAAACUGUGGUUUGAGCUCGUUCAGCGUGGCAACCUGACAUUAAUUCCCCACCAUGUUUUGGAUCACUUGCACUAUUACAACCAUUAAAACUGCAACGGCUCAGUAGUCGAAUUUAUCACAGCACAAGCAGCCUGGUUUCUGUCACAGUCAUCUGAGGAAUAAAUAGUCCACACUGCUUGUGCCCAGUCUCUGGUAUGUUCAGCUGUCUCGUUCCAGUGGGGCUCAGCCUCAAAACAACACUGAUAUCCAGCUCAGAUGUAAAACAGCGCGAGCCGCACCAGUAAGGUUAGUAUUCGCUGUUGGUUUGUCUCAAAAGCCUGCAGCAAGAAACACCAGCAGGACAGCAGUAAUAAUCAACAUUUGCAUCCUGGAACAUAAAGUAUCUUGCAAAGUUAUUUAUCUAUGUACUGAGUUGAGUGAAAGUGAUAAUUAUAUAAAAACACUGAGGUGAGAGAGAUACAGAUAUGACCUCAAAGGAGGAGCCAAAGUAUCAGACACCACCCACCUGCGAUCUGCUCAGCCUUCUGUUGAAGAACAGACGCCCCACUGGAGCUGUCAACGAGGUUUGGCCCAACCUCUACAUCGGAGAUGCAGCUGCAGCUCGGGAUAAAACCCUGUUAGCAAAACUGGAAAUAACACACGUGGUGAAUGCUGCAGAUGGCCCCCAGCACAUUGACACCGGGCCAGGUUUCUACGCAGACGCCAGCAUACUGUAUCACGGAGUAGAAGCACCAGACUGUAAAGAUUUUGACUUGAGCCCUUUCUUCAGUGAGACUGCUGAUUUUAUUCAUGGUGCUCUGAGCCAAAAAGGGAAGGUGCUCGUCCACUGCGCUCGGGGAAUCAGCCGCUCGGCAGCUCUUACGCUGGCCUUCCUCAUGAUCAAAGAAAGGCUCACACUGGUGGAGGCUGUGGAGGUUGUGUGCCGGCACAGAAACAUCCUCCCAAAUGUUGGAUUUCUGAAACAGCUCCGCGAGCUGGACUCAUCCCUAUUCACGUAGUAGAGCACAUAACGCCAAAAAGGGGACAGUUUCAUAGUUGGCAUUAUCUGUGCAGAUGAAAUCGUCCUGGUGGCUCCAUUUGGGUGGCUUCGGGCACUCGCAUCUUAAGUGAAUUAAAGCACCAUGUAAUCCAACUUGGCUUGAUGGGAUUUUGCUUAGCUUAGUCAAGCGAUACAUCAGCAUUCAUAAUAGCACACUUAAACACACAACAUGCAGAGCACAAAGUAGAACUGACAGACAAAUGUUUUGUCAGGUGAGCGAUCAGCACAGACAGUCUGCCUGUCAGAAAGGGUUUGUCAACACUAAAAUAAAGUUAGCAGAAAGUUAAAAAGACUUCAAUCCUGUCAUGUUCGGUUCAUUUUUGACACAAACGGAACCUCAUUGUAUUUGAGACAAGACUAUUUCAAGCCUUAUUUUUUAAUCUCUUUGUGUUUUUCACACUACAAUUCUCCAUUUUACAAACCAGAAUCCAUCACUCCAGAUUUCUGGGUGAUUUCUUUUUUUCUCAGUUUUCCAUAAUUGAAAUGUAUGAAAGUCAAUUAGCCCACUCAUGCAUGAGCUGUGUAAUUGAUUGCUUCAAAAGCUCAUAUUGUAAUAUAAUGCUGUUUAUGAUUAGACUAAAUUUUAAAAUAUUAUAUAAUUUUAAUAAAAAUGAAUGCACAAUUACUGCUCACUAUGGCGGACUACACAGCUCAAACAGUGCCAUACACGUCACAAAAAGUGAUGGUUCUUUGCUAUUAUUGUUAUUAAUA